AUGCAGUUCUCAAUAUUAUCAUUUCUGCUGUUAUCAAGUCUCCUAAUCUUGGAGCAAUCCACGGCCUAUGUUCUUUCCAACAAAGCUGCAUCCACCAGCAGUGUAUCACCCACCAUCACCAAGAAGUCAGCCUACGCUCCUAGAAGAACGACGGACACGACAAAGAUCGGAACAUUGGAAGUGCCAAACGUUGGAAUUGGAACUAUUUCCUGGUCCAGCGAUGACUUUUUCAACCUUGAAAACAAAGAGUUGGAGCGAGUCGUUUCAAAAGCGUAUGCAUCAAAUUGCGCCUUUGCUGAUACUGCAGAACGCUAUGGCAGUCACAUGAAGACGGCUCUUGGCAUGGGAUAUGGGGACACCGAAAAGAUGACUAGCAAAUUUUUAAAUCGAGCAGAGGAAGCGCAGGGCCCAAGCAGAGUAAAACCUGUCAUUGCCACUAAGUUUACACCUAUUCCAUGGCGAACGACAGCACAGAGUGUGGUUGAUGCUUGUGAGCAAUCACGAAAAAACCUUGGCGUUGAACAAAUUGACCUGUACCAAAUCCACAUGCCGGACAUUGUGCAACCUCUCCGAUUCCUUGGAAAAGAUUUCGCAAAAGACGAGAUCUAUUGGGAUGGCUUGGCUGAAUGUUAUCACAGGGGUCUAGUCAAGAACGUGGGAGUAUGUAACUAUGGUCCAACACUCGUGGAAAAGUGUCAACAACACUUGGCCAAACGAGGCGUACCCCUGGCAUCGAACCAAAUCGCCUACUCUUUGUUGGGUCGUCAUGAUGGCGCUCAAGAGACCCUCGACAAAUGUAAGCAGCUUGGCAUCAAGACCCUUGCAUACUAUCCAUUUGCCAUGGGAUUGUUGACCGGAAAAUACUCCAAGGAACUUCUAGCUUCUGAAGGCUGUGAUGACAAGGAGAUGUCGUUGAUGAAUGCUCAAAAGACCAGCUUGGAACUCAAGGAUCUAAACAAGUACGCCAAUGGGGACGGACUCGACAUUCCGGACGGUGGUAUCAACCCCUUGAUCACCACCAUGCUAACCAUUGCAAAGAGAAGAGGAAAGACUUUGUCUCAAGUCGCCUUGAACUAUAUCAUAUCCAAAGGAGCCAUCCCUAUUCCUGGAUGCCGAACGGUUGCUCAGCUCGAAGAGAACAUCGGAGCACUUGGGUGGAGAUUGAGCGCUACAGAAGUUAAAAUGCUUGAACUUGAGGCAGACAAGCUAGGCUUCGGCUUUGACGGUGCUGGCUUCAAGCGUACGAGUGAGAAGUUUGUAGGAUAUGGAGUGGAAAAGUUCCGAUUGGAGUGA